CGUUUGACUCCCUCUGUCGGAGCGAAUCGUGUAAAAACAUGACCAAAGUGUAGAAAUAAUUGAUUUCUUGUUUCGAAUUGCAGCAAGCAAAACAGUGAUGUAAAAUUGUGAUUGUAAAUUAUUUUAAAAAAUUUGGAUUUAAAGCCUUAUUGGUUUUUUUGUGUGUCGCGACGUUGAAACAACUUUAUCCUCAUCCACGGGUUCUUUUUGGUGUCGAUUCUAUUUUUGUACGCUGCUUCGCUCAAAAUUUUACGAUAACUCCCAGUGAAAAAAAAAAUGACUGAUAAUUCAGGUCAGGAUGAGAGGGAUUUCUAUUGAAUCGAUUACAUUCUACGUUUAGAAACACAAUUGACAUGUCAUGUAUCAUCAUCGAGCGUCAAACGCAAGAUCAACAUGCCUUCUCCAGGGCAAAUAUUCCAGUGCCUCCGGACGCUUAUUUGACUUUAAAAACAACAUUUUCCAUCGAAGGAUCACAAGAGUCCUCGAAACAUCAUCAAGAAUCUUUAGUAUCUCAUCGACGACCUGAAGAUAGUGAGAGUUUUUUGAAAAAAAUUGAGAAUCUAUUACUUUUUUUACAAAAUUUAAAUAAAAAAUUUGAUGAAUUUUCAAUAUCAAAAAAUAUCAAAUUUGAUUCUAAUUCAUCAUUUGUCAAAAUUGAAGAAAAUUGUUCACGUAUUUCAGAUAUGGAUUUACAUAUUAUUAAUGUAGGCACAGGUGCUCCGAUUUUAACAGGUGACAAUAUUUGCGAUAUUUGUAGACGAAAAACGAUAAAUUUUGACAAAUCUAAUAAUUUAAAUUGUUUAAUGAAAAAAAAUAAUUUAUUAAAUGAGCCGAAUUUGUGUGAAACUUGUGCAACUGUUAUUAUUAGUGAUAAAUGGAAGAGUUCUCAUAAUAUUAUCACUGAGGACAGAAUGAAAGAGACAUCAAAUAAUAAUAAUAAUAAUAAUAUUCCAAAAAGUUUUUUAUCCAGCGUUUAUGUCGCUGUUACUUUAAUAGCCAAUUUUUUAGCGGUCAUAACAAUAAAUAAUAAGAAAUCAGAGAAGCUCAAAAGAAAUAUUGAAAAUGCUGCACCAUUAGCAAGACUAUCAGUGUUAUUCACUGUGAUGUUUAUCUUUCACAUUUUACCACUGACUUCUGCUGAUAAACCACUUGGAAAUCCUUAUGAAAUUUUAGGAGUCAAAAGGCAUGCCGCUUUACAGGAUAUUAGAAAGGCUUAUAAAAAUCUUGUGAAAGAAUGGCAUCCUGAUAAGACUGAUCACCCGGAAGCUGAAACGAAAUUUGUCGAAAUCACCAAAGCUUAUGAGCUUCUCUCCGAUCCUGAAAGAAGAAGAAAGUUCGAUAUCCAUGGAAUAACGGAAGAAAGUGUUCCCAGAUAUAGAAGAGAUAGUCAUCAAAAUAUGCCAGAUCCUUUGGAGGAUUUAUUUUCUGGAAAUUUUAAAUUUCAUUAUCAAAGCAGAGACAUCACAUUGUUUCAUAAAAUGAGCAUCACAUAUCGAGCAUUUGAGAAAAAUGUAAUACCAAAAAGUUAUCGAACUCCGCAUUUACUACUCUUCUAUUCGGAUUGGUGUUUCGCGUGUCUACAAGUUGAACCUACUUGGCGACGAUUAAUGGAUGAAUUAGAACCACUUGGUGUUGGUUUAUUCACCGUUCACGCUGAAAGAGAAACAGCUCUUGCAAGAAAAAUUGGUGUUCAUUCCUUGCCAUGUCUUGCCGUUACUGUUGAAGGACGAACCAGCAUUUACAAAGAAUCUUUAUAUAGUGUUCAAAAAAUUGUUGAAUUCUUGAGAAAAAUAUUCCCGUACAAAUUGAUUGCCGAUGUGAAUAAAGACAAUUUAAAUCAAUUUCUCUCGGGAUGGAUGGACAAUCGAAUUCGUGCUUUAAUAUUUGAGAGAAGAGAUGUGGCACGUUUGCGUUAUCUUUUGGUUGCUUAUCAUCAUCGUGAUCGUGUUGCCUUUGGUUUUGUUCAAGUGGGCAAAACAGAGACUCACAAUAUUACGGGAAAAUAUAAAAUAACUGGCGAUUUAGAUACAUUAUUAUUGUUUAAUGAAAAUAUUGAGAAACCAAUGGCAUCGAUUAGUAUGAAGGAUAUACCAAGUGAUACAAUGCACAAUGUUAUUGCGAGUAAUAAAUUUCUCACAUUACCAAGACUCUCGAAUCAAGCAAUGUUGGAUUCUGUAUGUCCACCUGAAUGGCUACGUCCACAAAAACGUCUUUGCGCUGUUUUAAUUUCACAAAAUAGUCCCGUUCAUGAUUUUGCAAGACUUAAAUUUCGUCAAGCUGCUCAUGAAUCGCCUUACAGCACGGAACGUGUUAGGUAUACGUAUGUUUUUAAAGAAGCGCAACCGGAAUUUGUUUCGGCUCUUUUAAAUGGCGAAGGCAGUCCCAUGGAUCCUUUGUUGCAUAUUGUCAUUAUUUGGCGACGAGAUGCAAAUAAUUUAAAAUACGAAUGGUUACCAAAUGGAUGGAUUGAUGGAAAUCAAAAUGAGGAUCGCUGGAAUGAAUCGCGACAGAAUUUGGAAAAAACAAUACAAAAAUUAUUACGAACAUCGGAAGCAUUGCCUUAUGCAGCAGAAGUUGGGGAAUUAGCCGAUGAACAUGCGCUGGGCACUGUGGAUAGAUUAAUAGGCCGAGCAUUAUUGGCAGUAGAUUUUAUAUCUGAGAGUUUUAAAAAGGAGGAAAUUUUACCUGUUAUCUCGGUUCUAUUUACCAUUGUAUUAAUUGGAGCCGUGGGUUAUGGAAUGUCGUAUUUAAUUAAAUUGGAAGAAGCGAGUGUUGAGGCAAAUCGAAAUCAUUACAAAGGAAAUACAAAAGUACUAUCGUCACAACCACAAUUGAGAUUACAUGAAUUACGAGCCGAGAAAUAUAAUGGUCUCGUGAGACUUUUAAAGCCAGGAUGUCGAACUGUCAUUUUAUUAGUCGACACACAAAGUAGAUUAAAAUUGUUACCUGCUUUUCAUAAAGCUGUAUGGCCUUAUAGAAAAAAUAAAACACUGAUGUUUGGUCAUUUAAAUCUCGAGCGGGGGCUCGAAUGGUAUAAAGAUUUAUUAUUGUUGAGUCUUCCGGAACCGAGAGAUUUGAAAAUAAAUCCAAAAAAUUGUAUAGGAACUGUUUUGUCAUUAAAUGGACACCGAAGAUACUUUUGUAUGUAUCAUGCAAAACAUCCUGAGAGUAGUAAAGGCAAAGGAUCCAAGCGAAUGGAGAGAAUGGCCAAACGGCUAACUCAAAGAACUGAGGAUGCUGAGGCAGGAGCAUUUAUUGGAUUCGAUAGUUCCAAUGAAUCAGAUUUAUCACAGGACGAGUCGGAAAACAGUAUUCUGUAUCAAGAGAAACUUUUGGAUGGACUGCCAAACUGGCUUGAUAGAUUAUUCGAAGGAUCGACACACCGCUACUACAUAAAUUAUUGGCCAGACUUCACUGCCAAGUAAUGAAGAGGCUCGCCAAUAUUUUUAAUGCCUUUUAAACGGAAAUAAUCCAUUUUAAUUAAUUCUAGUCUGCGAGUUAUAUUACGUGCUAGGAUAUAUAUAUAUAUAUAAUUUGUUGAAAAGACGGAUUGAGCCUCGCAUAAAGACACGAUUACAGUGAUUAUAUUUGUCAUAUGUUAUUUAGUGUUCAUAAAUGUAAUUAAAGUCUCCCGUUUCUUCAUGUUUGGCUGAUUUUCACUACUAUUAACGAGCCGACGUACCAAAGAUAAUAAUAUUUAAACAAUCACUAUAGAUUAAAAAAAAAAAGAUGAAAAUGAAAAACGUUUCCAAUUCUUUGACAUUUGAACGUCGAAAAAAAAGUAUAUUACUACUGCUAUAUAUAGUGAAGAAAACUUCCCUUAUUAUGUGUUCUUCUUGCUACAAAACAAAGGAAAAAAAAAGUAUAUAUAUAUUCAGUGCUGCUAGUCAUUAUAAUUAAUUCUCCUUCUUUUAAUGAAUUUCCAUUGAUAAUUAACGCAAUUUAUAUACACUGCAUGUUACAAAUAUUUGUAAAUAUUACAAUACACAUUGAAUAGUUGAGAAAUUACAUGACGGUAAUUUUUUUUUCUACUAUUAACGAAAAUUACAGUAGUUUUUAAAAUUAAUUAAUUUAAUUAAGAGAAAUUAUGGUAAUUUUUCUAAAGAAAUGAGAAAAAUAUCUACUUUCUUUCUCUUUAUCAAAGAUUAAUUAGUGUAAACAUUUGGAAACGAGGGAAAGUAUUUAUUGACACAAUUUUACAGACGCACUUUUUUUUUUUAAUUCUAAUAUAUAUAAUUAUAGUAAUAUUACUAUUAAGCAGACUGCAGUAAAUUUCAUUGAACAAUUGUGUUGUUGAAAUUGUUAAGUUUAUUAACUUUUAAUUAAUUUUUUAAUUUUUCCUUCCGUGUCUUGUAAAAUUAUUCGUCGGCUCAAAUUUGACAUAGAUGAAAAAUGUUUGCUUUUCUUAUUAUUUGUAAAAGUACAUUUCAAGUAGACGAACAACAAUAUAAGGUUACAAUUAUUUUUCAUUUAAUUUUUAGAGUUAAAUAUUUUCUUCUACUUGAAGUCAACUUACUAUUGACAAUUUAUAUUUCAAUAAUCUAAAAAAUCAUAUCUCAGCUUUUAUCAAAAAUUGCUUUUGAUACAGGAACAAAAUAUUACGAGCUAUUUAGCAUAAGGCGUCUUAAAAAAAAUCAUAUUAUACAACUUUAUCGAAAAUUUUAACAACUACUUUUUUUUUACUUCAUUUGAAAAUACAAUUUCAAACUCUUCCUUUUAAUAAAAAAAAAAAAAAAUUAAAAUAGUUUUUUGCUAAAAAUUAAAUAAUCUACAAGUUUUUGCCUAUCUUGAAAUGUGAAUUUAAUUUUAAAUAAAAAAAUUAAUUCAAAAUUUAAUAAUUAAAUGAAAAGAAAAUAAUGAUAAUUAAAAUUUAAUCAAAAUAAAAAUUAAAUUUUAUUUACAUGACAAGAGGAGCCAGAACUUAAAAUUCAUACUUUUUAAUAUAUUUCUGAAUAGAAAAAGAAAAGAAAAUAAAUCCCGCUUUAGUGUGAUAACUCCUCUAUAAUAAUUAAUCAAAAGCAAUUAUUCAUUAAAAGGAGAAUAGUAUAAUAAUAAUUAUAGUUGAAAAGCGAAAAUUUAUUAUAAAUAUCUUCGAAACAAAAAGCAGAAUUUUUCCAAAAUCUCCAAAAAAAAAGACUUUUUUUUGACAAUCUUUGCUAUGUAAUGUUAUUAAUUGGGAAAAAAUAUUGUUCACAUCUCUCGCAUUAA